AUGUGCCCGCACCCACUGGCAGGGCGCGCCGUCGGGGCGGGCGGGUGCCGCCGCCUCCCCGGCACCGCGCGUCGCGCCAUCCGCCCCGCACCAGCACGGCGCUGGGCAUCCCUCGGGCGCGGAAAGCCGCUGGCCGCGCUGACGCCGCUGCGCGCCAUGGCUGUCGCCUACCUGCUGGGCAACGGCUCUGCGCCGCUCCUCGCCGGCGCCCUGGAGGUCCCUUUCGCCACCAACGCCUCCGUCGCCUGCCGCCCCGCCGUGCCGCCCUGCGCGGCCGCACCGCCGGGCGCGUGGGGCAACGCCUCAGCGGCAGCGGCGGUGGCAGGCUGGAACCGCUCCGAGCCCUGCGGCGGCCUCAACGGCAGCGCGGGCGGCGGCGGGCCCUGCGCGCCUGCGGGCGGCGGCCCCUCCAUGGUCACGGCUAUCGCCAUCAUGGCCCUUUACUCCGUGGUCUGCGUCGUGGGGCUCUUCGGAAACUUCUUGGUCAUGUAUGUCAUCAUCAGGUACACGAAAAUGAAGACUGCCACGAAUAUCUAUAUUUUCAAUCUUGCAUUGGCAGAUGCCCUAGCAACAAGUACUCUGCCAUUCCAGAGCGUGAAUUACUUGAUGGGAACAUGGCCAUUUGGUACAAUCCUUUGUAAGAUCGUUAUAUCCAUAGACUACUACAAUAUGUUCACCAGUAUCUUUACACUCUGCACCAUGAGUGUGGAUCGCUAUGUAGCUGUUUGCCACCCAGUUAAGGCCCUUGAUUUCCGUACCCCCAGAAAUGCCAAAAUUGUCAAUGUCUGCAACUGGAUUCUUUCAUCUGCCAUUGGCCUGCCAGUUAUGUUCAUGGCAACUACUAAAUACAGGCAUGGCUCCAUUGACUGCACACUUACGUUUUCCCACCCUGCUUGGUACUGGGAGAACCUCCUGAAAAUCUGUGUGUUCAUCUUUGCCUUCAUCAUGCCAGUCCUGAUCAUUACCGUGUGCUAUGGGCUGAUGAUUUUACGCCUAAAGAGUGUUCGCAUGUUAUCUGGCUCCAAAGAGAAGGACAGGAACCUGCGGAGAAUCACAAGGAUGGUUCUUGUGGUGGUGGCAGUGUUUAUUGUCUGCUGGACUCCCAUCCACAUUUAUGUCAUCAUUAAAGCCCUGGUCAACAUCCCAGAAACUACUUUCCAGACUGUCUCCUGGCACUUCUGUAUUGCUCUAGGGUAUACAAAUAGCUGCCUUAAUCCAGUCCUUUAUGCAUUUCUAGAUGAGAAUUUCAAAAGGUGUUUCAGAGAGUUCUGCAUCCCCACUUCCUCAACUAUUGAGCAGCAAAACUCCACCCGAGUUCGACAAAACACUCGUGACCAUGCUUCCACUGCCAACACUGUGGACAGGACUAACCAUCAGUUGGAACUUCAAGAAGCUGAAACUACUCCACUGCCGUGACAGGGUCUCCUGCCGUAUAGCUCUCAAAGCAAUGACACACUAGUGCCACAGUGUGUCUGGGCAGUAUGUGAUGGGAAUGUGUAGGAUACACUUUCCCUCAAAAAAAACACCACAGAGGAAAGUGCCUGCUUUUCCAGUCUGUCAAAAAUUGCUUCUGCAGCACUUCUACAUUGCACAUUAACAGAAGCAUGAAACUUAGCAGCAAGCAGAGCCAAGAGAUAUGGGGGCUUGCCAGGCUUUGGUGUUCAAAACAGUCACGUUUACCAGGACUACAUACAUAAGUCUGAAACAAAGCUACUGUACCUGGAGCUGUCUGACAUGUUCUUAACAAGUUAAAUAGGUCGGAAGCAAAUAUUCAAAGGCUAGACAACAAUGGCUUGAAAAAUGAUGGUGAGCUUUCAAGGACGGGAAAUAAUAGGAAAUGAAGUUGUAAUACUGUUGGUACUCAAUUUACUCUUAAAAUUUAUUUGUAGAGGUGUUUUAUGUGCAGGUUAUUUGUGUGCUGAAGUCUCACAAGAUCAUCUAGAACAACAUAUUUGCAGUUCAAGAGGCCUUCUCUUACAAGGAUUGCAUGUUCCACAGUUUCAAAGGGAAAUGAUGUAUUUCAGUGCUCAUUAAGAACAAAAAAACAAACAUCAAACAAACAAACCCACAAAAAUGUCCAAGCUUCACUUUCUGCUUCUAUUUCUCACAUUAAAAAAAGAGAAAUCUUUAAAAUCAAAACAAUGGGCUAUCACUUCUAAAAGAGAUGAGUAAAUGAAAGUAUUCUGUGUUGUUACUGACUGUCGAAUGAUCCCCAGAACAGCAGAGACUAUUAACAGAAAUUACAGUGUGAAUAAAAAUCUAGCGAUGAGCCUGUCAGAGCUAACACAAGCUGAUGAUGACUUCUCUUUUAACUAGUUUCUCAAAUUUCAACUGCCCUGUCAACAACAUUUCAAAUUUGUAAGUCACUGACAGUCCCUCCGUGAAGUACUUGGAGCCGUUAAUGCAUUAGACCUUUUGUUAAAAUAAAAAAGGUUACAUUUUGCUAGAAAUCUAUUUUUUCUUAACCAAACCCAUAAUAUGUUUGCUUUUAUAACUAAUGUAAUACAGUCUGCUUCUCCAUUUUGUAUUUGCUGCUAAAACAUGUUAAGAUUUAUGAAAGAAACAUUGUACUGUAGUAAAUGCCACCUUAGCUGUUUUCUAGUAAGAAAAAUAGAACAAUCUGUGUCGAUAAUGUGUAGUGCAAUGGUAUUUUCUAGACAUUGUUUGUUACUUGCUUUGUAAAUAAAUCAUCAAUACUUAAUCAGGGGAAAAUGUACUUUGAUGAAUUUAAGAGUAUUCUAAAAUGCUACUCUGUGGUAUAAGGUUUUGUAUUUUGUUUCUGCAGUCAAAAUGUAUUUCUUAUUUUCAUUGUUAAAAUCUAUGUAACAAUAUGCUUUUCCUGUGAAAUCGUUUGUUUCUGCCAUGGACUGUGUAAUAAAGAUUGAAGGCCAUACCACUGCAAGUUGUAAAAUAAAGUAAUAUGUGAGUUUCAUCACUGUAUUGUAGCUAAAUAUGUAGCUUUCCAUAUCAGCAGAAUAUCAAACUAGAUAUAGCAGAAGUGCCUUAUUUUUUUCCCUCUUCUGUUGAAAAUUCCACUGUGCUGUCAUAGAGAUUUAAUAUUUAGUUUUGUAUUAAUUUAGCACGAUCUCCUCAUAGUAAUCAUUAAAGUUUAAACGAGAGUCAUCACCAUCCUGAGGUGUUGCAUUUAAUUUUUAAACAGUAUAAGAUAAGCACUCAGAAGAAUUUGACAUAUUGUUUUGCACUACAGAGCAGUAUUAUUUAGAUAACAAGAAGAAUAUAGAAUACACCAGAAAUACAGACGGAUUAGCGUCAUAUGAUGUCAUUACUACUUGACAGGUUCUGAGAUUUCAGCCAUGCUCAGAAAAUUGAAAUACAUUGAAUGACUAUUUGAAAAGUCUUAACUGAUAAAUCAGAUCUACAUUUAAUUAAACUUAAAAUCAUGGUUUCAUGCCUAGUCAAAAGUUCAUCAGCUGUCACAGCAUUUAUAUAAUUAAUUGAAGCCAUUAUUUCUUUUGUACUUAGAAUGGAAUCAAUUCACCAGAAAAAUACUAAAACUUGGCAACAGACAACCUAACGUUUCUAGAGAUAUUUUAGGUUUCUACAGUCCAGUAAUGAAUUGAGCAGCCUGACUGUAAAUAUUUUUAGCAUUAGUAAUGUUAUUAUAGCUUUGAUGGUCUAAGGAUAUGAGGAAGAAAAUUUUAUUAGCAAAGCAUUAGCAAAAAUAAGUAAAAUGUCUUUUGUUUUUUGAUUUUGGUUUGUUUUUCCAGAAGGCAUGAAUGUUAGUUGGUAGUGCUUUGCAGUAAGUAGCAUAUUACACAACUUCUGUAUCUUCACUGUAACCCUCUAAUAAAAAUAUUCAUGUUUCUUCUAUAUUUGCAA